UGGAAAGGAAGGUUCAAUGUAAGCUAUAAGUGAUCAUUUUGAUGUUGCUAAAUCAUCGGUUUAUAGUAUUUUAAAUGAUUUUAUGAAUGUCAUAAUUAUAAACGUAGACAAAUUUAUUCGAUGGCCAAGUAAAGAUGAAUGUUUGGUAAUUGAAGAAAGUUUCAAGUCUAAAGCUGGAUUCCCAGGUGUGAUUGGGGCCAUUGAUGGCUGCCAUAUUAAUGUCAAAGCACCAAUAAAGCAAGCAGAUAGCUACACUAACCGUAAGUUAGGAAAGAGCAUCAUUUUACAAGCUAUUUGUACGGAAGGAAAACUGUUCACCAAUAUCUCAGUUGGAUUCCCGGGUCGUGUUCACGAUGCACGAGUAUUGGUGAAUUCUGAACUGUACAAAAGGACCGCAUUCAUUAUUUUAUAA